AUGAACGAGCCAGUGGAUCUCAGAUCGGGGUGCACGAGGACUCCGGAGCCCGCGGCCGUGCGGCACCGAAAAGGGCACCGGCCGGAUGCCGCCGAGGGCAAGCGGAGAGACGACGACCCAGCCACAGGCCCGGGGUCUCCGCCAGCGGACCCCCUCCCCUCUCCACACAGCACAAACCCAGAGGAGCACGAAAACAAGGAUGAGGUGGCUCAGGAGGACGAGGGGUUCAUGGGGAUGUCCCCCCUCCUGCAGGCUCACCAUGCCAUGGAGCGGAUGGAAGAGUUUGUGUGUAAGGUGUGGGAAGGCCGGUGGCGAGUCAUCCCUCACGACGUGCUGCCCGACUGGCUCAAGGACAACGACUUCCUCCUCCAUGGGCACAGGCCCCCCAUGCCUUCCUUCCGGGCCUGCUUCCGGAGCAUCUUCCGGAUACACACAGAGACCGGCAACAUCUGGACACACCUCCUAGGCUGCGUGUUCUUCCUAUGUUUAGGGAUCUUCUAUAUGUUCCGGCCCAACAUCUCUUUCGUGGCCCCCGUGCAGGAGAAGGUGGUCUUUGGCAUGUUCUUCCUAGGCGCCAUUCUCUGCCUGUCCUUCUCGUGGCUCUUCCACACAGUCUACUGCCACUCGGAGUCCGUGUCCCGGCUCUUCUCCAAGCUGGACUACUCGGGCAUCGCCCUUCUGAUCAUGGGCAGCUUCGUUCCCUGGCUCUACUACUCCUUCUACUGCAACCCGCAGCCCUGCUUCAUCUACCUGAUCGUCAUCUGCGUGCUGGGCAUUGCCGCCAUUAUGGUCUCCCAGUGGGACAUGUUCGCCACCCCGCAGUACCGGGGGGUGAGGGCAGGAGUGUUCCUCGGCCUGGGUCUGAGCGGGAUCAUCCCGGCGCUGCACUUUGUCAUCUCGGAAGGGCUCCUGAAGGCGGCCACCAUGGGCCAGAUCGGCUGGCUGGUGCUCAUGGCCUCCCUCUACAUCACCGGGGCGGCCCUGUACGCCGCCCGGGUCCCCGAGCGCUUCUUCCCCGGAAAGUGCGACAUCUGGUUUCACUCCCACCAGCUGUUCCAUAUCUUCGUGGUGGCGGGCGCCUUCGUGCACUUCCACGGCGUGUCCAACCUCCAGGAGUUCCGCUUCAUGAUCGGCGGGGGCUGCAGCGAGGAGGACACCCAGUGACGUGGUCGGCCCCUCCCCCGGGACACUACGCGCAGCCGGCGGCCCCCGCCCCCUCACCCGCCGACCCCCCGGGCUCGGGGCCCGACGGGGCUGAGGAGGGAAGGAUCCCCGAGUCAAUCAUACCUCAGAGGAAGGAGCGCAUCCGAAGGACGGAGCGUGAUUCCCCAAGCCCGGGCCCCGUCCCGGGAGGCCCAGGGACGUGGCCGGCCCCGGGCAGGACUACAAGCUACCGGUCACUUAUCCGUCCGAGGUGGGGUGGCCGCCCGGCCGUCGGUUAUCCUUCCUCGCCUCUCUUUCCUUUCUUUGCCACAAGCCCGACGUACAGACCACCUGCCACCCAGUUUGGAGAUUUCUAACUGGCGAAGGGGGCGGGGCGGGGGCGGGGGUUUAGAUGCUCUUUGAGAGAACCGAGAAAUCCGUGUAAAUAAG